AUGGUCCAUUUCUUGCACCCGUUGCUGUGGCCGCGGGUCCUCGUCCUGCCCGACGCCCAGGAGGACGCGCGGGGCCGCGGCGUGGUGCAGCUCGUGGCUAUAGGAAUGAGGAAUCACCCACAGGAUCUGCCAGUGCAGUUCAUGGCCAGUGCUUGUGUCCUCAACCUCACCCGCCAGGGCCUGGCCAGGGGCAUGCCUAUCCGUCUGCUGUCGGAGGUCACCUGUCUGCUCUUCAGAGCAAUGAAAAAUUUCCCCUACUACCAACAGUUACAGAAGAAUUGCCUUCUCUCCUUAACCAGUUCCAGGAUUCUUAUGGAUGUCCCAUUUGACAGGCUUGAUGCUGCAAAGCUUGUCAUGAGGUGGCUGUGCAGACGCGAGAACCCCAAGAUGCAAACAAUGGUAGUGAGCAUCACCUCCUUCAUAGCCCUGAAGCUCUUACCUGAGGAGACUGAACAGCUUCAGGAAGAGCUCAUCAUGACAGUCAAGGAACUUGUAACAAUAGUCAGACAAAAGACGGCUGAGAAUUUAGAUGAUGUCACCUUCUUGUUUACUCUGAAAGCACUCUGGAAUCUUACAGAUGAGUGUCCAUUGGCCUGCAAGCACUUUAUUGAGAAUGAAGGAUUGGCAGUCAUCAUCCAAGUCUUAGAGACGUUUUCCGUGUCCGUGAUACAAAGCAGAGUACUUGGCCUUUUGAACAACAUAGCUGAACUCAGAGAGCUCUCUCCCAAGCUGGUGACAGAAGAUCUGUUGAGACAUAUCAUCAGCCUGCUCCGCAGCACCAAUAUAGAAGUGAGCUACUUAGCCGCGGGCGUGAUAGCCCAUCUGACAUGUGACAAACAGCAUUGGCUAUCCCGUGACCUGCAGAGGAGUGAUCUUCUCCAGAACUUGCGUGUAACCAUCGAGAAUUGGCCAAGUUCACGGUGUAAGAUGUCAGCAUUGGUGACCUACAGAUCUUUCAAAGCAUUUUCCCCACUCCUUGGCAACUUCUCUCAGCCAGAAGUUCAGCUCUGGGCACUCUGGGCCAUGCAUCAUGUCUGCAGUAAAAACCCUAGCAAAUACUGCCAACUGUUGGUAGAAGAAGGAGGACUACAGCUCGUGUGUGAUAUCCAGGAGCAUGGUCAGGCCGAUGCCCAGGUGAGGCAGAUGGCGGCCUCCAUCCUAGAGGACUUCAGGAUGUACUUCACAAGCUACCAGAGACCCCCACAGUCCCAGUGCUCUUUCUGA